AAACAAAACCCUUCAAAAUGGCCAUUGUCAGUCCCUACACUCCUAUCAAAGACUUGAAACCUUUCAAGACUUCCUGGCGUAUUCAAGCUAAGAUUCUGCAUACGUGGAAUCAUUAUACUCAGGGUGCUGGGAUGUCUUUUGAAAUGGUCUUGGUUGAUGCUGAUGGUAACAAGAUUCAAGCAGGAAUUAAGAAAGAACACCUCCAGAAGUUGCAAAGGAAUAUCACGAAAGGAGAGUGGAGAAUAUUUGACGAGUUUUCAGUGAAGAAGGCAACAGGAAUGUAUCGACCAACAACUCAUAACUACAGAAUUGUAUUUGAGUACUCUACUGUCAUCUCCCCCUCUGAGAAGAUUUCAGAAUCGAUUUGGCUAGAUUUAGUUCCUUUUAAUUCAGUACUAAGUGGUACCUUAGAUCAAAACAAGUUGGUUGAUAUCAUUGGCCAACUGGUGAAUGUUGGGGAAAUCCAAAGCGUGGAUGUCAAAGGCAAGCCUACCAAGAAGAUUGAUUUCCAACUAAGAGACACUGACGAUAACCGUCUACCAUGUUCACUGUGGGGAAGAUUUGCUGAUCAAAUUAGCAAAGUGUCAAAAGAUUCUAUUGGGGGACAGGUCAUUUGUUUGAUCCGGUGGGCUAAGUUGUGCCAUUACAAAGAAAUUAGAAGUAUUUCAAACUCUUUUGAUGCUUCUGACGUUUUGAUCAACCCUGUCUUGACAGAGGUGGAUGAUUUUAGGCAAAUGCUUCCUUCUGAUGGACUUGCAUUGACAAUAAUGGAACCUAAACCUAGAUUCCAGCCUCUUAAGGUGCGUGAAGAGAGAUCCAAACAAUUCCCAAGGAAGACUAUUGCUGAGCUAAAGGCCUCUCUCGAGGUUGAAAAGGUCAAGCUCAUCUGUACCAUUUUGUCAAUUGACUUGGACUGGUCCUGGUAUUAUUUUGCCCACAUCAAAUGUAACAGAAAAGUUCUCAAAAGCAAUAAACUUCUUAGCUCUGGUGCCAAGAAGAUAAUUUGGAGGUGUGAUAAAUGUAAUACAAACGUAUCUUCUGUUGAAGCAAGGUACUGGCUGCAUCUAGACGUUAUGGAUAACACAGGGGAGAGCAAACUUAUGUUGUUUGAUAGUUUUGUUGAACAAAUCAUAGGUAUUCCAGCUUGUGAUCUCGUGGAUCCCACAACUGAAGAGCUUGAUGAUCCCCUGCCACUCCCUGAUGUUGUGAAAAACAUCAUUGGUAAAACAUACCAGUUUGCUCUUUGUGUUGAGCAAGAUAAUAUCUCAAGAGGAAAUGAUGAAUACAAAGUUUCUGAGGUUUUAACAAGUCAGAACCUUAAUCACCCUGCCCUUGAACCUGAAGUUGAUUAUCCUGUUGAUCUUUCAUCCAUGAGUUCCAGUGACCAGGUUUUGAUGCUGACUAAUAGUUCUCAUCAUGAUGACACUACUAAUACUUCACUGUCUACACCAUCAUCAAAGAGAAAAGAAGAUACUUCGGAUAGAUCUGAUCAAAACUCCACAAGCAAGAAACAAUGCACUGGAACACAAUCUGAUGUGAAAGACAAUGGUGUCAUUGAUUUAGACACUCCGGAGAAAAAUGAUCAGUCUACUGAUGUUAAAGUCGAUGGUGUCAUUGCUGUAGACAAUUCGAAGGAACAUGAUCAGCCUAAGUUCAUACACAAACUUGAUGAGGCAGGUCUAGAAGCCAUCAACAAAGUAACUGAAGCAGAACAGAAGAAAGUUCUUUUGAAGAAGAUUAAGGUUGAGAAGCUCGAAGGCCAGAAGGGAGCAAAGUGAGUUGAGGGAAGACUCAACUAUUUAAAAUAAUGUUGAUCUCAUGGAUUGUUUUUUUUGUUUU